AUGACAGCGCCCACACAUCUUGAACCAUCAGAGCUGGGCACAAAAUCCUAUUGGGACGCCGCGUAUACCCUUGAAAACUCCAAUUUUUCUUCCAACCUUACCGAUGAGGGCACAGUCUGGUUCAGCGACGCAGGUGCAGAGGAGCGCAUGCUAGCGUUCCUCGAGGAACUUGCCGAAGAGGAAGUAUUGCACAAAGCAGCUGAAUCUGAAGACAGAGGCGCAUCACGAUUCCUCGAUUUAGGGACAGGAAACGGCCACCUCCUUUUUGCGCUGCGGGAAGAGGAGUGGAACGGAGAGCUAGUGGGCAUAGAUUAUUCCGAUCACAGCGUUACGCUCGCAGAAACCAUACGCUCUGCGAAGGAUGAGAGGUACGCAGAUAUUGCUUUCCACGCUUGGGAUAUCUUGUCGCAAAGCCCUGGGAAGUGGUUAGGAAGCGGCUUUGACGUGGUGCUUGACAAAGGCACGUUCGAUGCCAUCUGUCUCUCGCAAGAUACAGAUGCGCAAGGUCGCAGGAUUUGCGAAAGCUACAGACAGAAGGUAGAACCUUUGGUCAAAAAUGGAGGACGGUUUCUCAUAACAAGUUGCAAUUGGACAGAGGAGGAAUUGAAGGGAUGGUUCAACACUGGCAGCUUCAUAUUGGAGGGCAAAGUAAAGUACCCAAGCUUCACAUUUGGUGGCAAGACUGGGAGUAGCGUCGUUACGCUGUGCUUCCGCAAAUCGUGA